AUGCCUCAUGGAAGCCGAAGCCACAGUUCCCGCGUGGCCCCUCCGGCCAGCUGGGCACCUCAGAUGAGAGCUGUACCCAGGCCAGCGCCCGCCGCUCAGUCACCAGCAGCGGCUCCCCCUUCAGCUGUUGGCUCCCUUGCUGCUGCUCCCCGGCAGCCAGGUCUGAUGGCCCAGAUGGCAACCACUGCAGCGGGCGUGGCUGCGGGUUCUGCCGUCGGCCACACCCUGGGUCAUGCCAUCACCGGGGGCUUCAGUGGAGGAAGUAAUGCUGAGCCCUCAAGGCCCGACAUCACUUACCUGGAGCCUCAGGGAACCCAGCCUGCACAGCAGCAGCAAAAUGGCCUGUGCUUUUUUGAGGUGAGACAGUUUGUGGAGUGUGCCCAGACCCAGGGUGACCUUAAGCUUUGUGAGGGUUUCAGCGAGGUGCGGAAACAGUGCAGAUUGGCAAACGGAUUAGCGUAA